AUGUUUGGAUCAUUUCCCGCGCUGGCGAACUCGCCCGCCCACGCAAAGGUAGAUCCUAAGGAUGUCCCUCCCCCGACGCCAAUAAACCUCCCGCGUUACCAGCCUUACGCUCGUGAGAAUGAGACAAUCGAUCCUUCCCAGGCCUUGCCCACUCUUCUGGAACAAAGUGGUCGUUCCGCCGGUGUCCUGGGACCCCUUGGUUUCUCGGCAAUUGGACUCGACCUCAGGCCAGAUGCAACUUUCCGAGACCUUAUACCCGACCCGGCUUACAUUCCUGAUUUCUCGCAAUGGAACACGUUGACGACGGAUGAUGCCCGCGACAGGAACCAAGCCACCCGUCGGCCGCUGAGGACCGGUAACCUAUCCCCGGGAUGCCAGGUCUACCUGGAACGCAGACGGGAGCUUUCCAACAACAAUGAGGAUGCUUUUCGUACCGUGCGAAGGAUCCCUCCACCCAAGGGGAAACAGCAGGCUCGACUAGGAAACGCCUACGAAUUUUUCCGAUGCCUUGAGCUUCUCACGACGUACUGGGACGAUCCCACCCACCCAGCAGAGCUCCCGCCCUCGCCGGAAAUGUCGGCCACCGAGGUGGCCACCACGGAGGGCUCCGAGGGAUCCCAGCUUGCAGAUGCAGGUGAAGCCCAAGUCUCCAACAUUUUUCGCAUCUCCUCUGGUCAGUCCAUGCCUCCCGAGUUCCGCCAGACCCUCGUGGCAGCCUUCGUCAAGCUGGUCGCCUAUGACUUUGGCUGCAACGUGUCCAUGUCUCGCGUAGAGCCGCGUCUCCACCUGGGGUCUCUUGCCGGCCCUCGUCAGCGCAAGACUUACAUCCCGUCCCACUGUCACUUUGUCUUCCAGAGCCCAAUGUCCCGCGAGGCUGCCAGGGCCGGCACGGUGUACGGUCCGGUGGCGGCCGUGAGCGCGAGGCCGACGGUCGACUUCACCACUCCCGACGUAGAAAGCGCGCAGUCGCUGGACCUCGCGCGCGAAGUGACGGCGGCGCUCAUCACAGCACAACAUCGAGCUCGGGAGGGCAGGGCGGAGACGCGGUUCGGAGAGGGCCAGUGGUGGUCGUCCAAGCCCCGAUGGGGCGGGGGUUCGGGCGGCCCAAUUGGCCGCGAGAUCGACAAGUUUGCGGUUCCCGGAGACAAGGAUGUCCGGCCGAGCACAGAAGACGGCGACGGCGUGCCGGCGACCAAGAAGCCCCGCAAGAACAUGUCCAUCUACGACAACUAUCGCAUGGUCCGACCGCCCGCGUCGGCCUGGGACCGCAAGGCCAAGUAUGAGGCGAUUGGAAUGGUCAAGGGUGAGGGCCACGACGACAUUUUCGUGGUGAGCUCGCUUUUCCACCACAUUUCUGUACUGCGAGUCCGUGUGCCUCUUCGGCUGCUCGAGGUUCUGGAAGGCUCCCCAGAGCAGAAUCCUGCGAGGCGCAGCUGGGGCAUGGUGGGGGCGUGGAGGAGCCCCUGGUACGAUCUCUUUGACACGGAUCAAAGAAUCGCGGCGAUGCAGCUGCUGUGGUCAGUCAUGGCAUACCAGAUGAGGCAGGAGAGCGCAAACGACGACGUGGUCAUGGCUGAUGCGUGA